AAAAAGAGGAACAUUAUCAUGGCGUCAGUUCUUCCUUAUCUCCUCCUUCAGUUCCUCUCUUGGAGCUCGAGCACUUUGCGUUGCUAAAAACCAAGACGAGGUUGAGAGAGAGAGAGAGAGAGUUGGAGUUGGAGUUGGAUUUGGGUUUGAAUUUCAUGUGAAUUUGGGAAGCAAUGAGGCGAGAUCGCGGUCGGGAGAAGGGGGAGAGUUCUUCUAUGGCGUCGACGGCGGCCGGGAAGGCCAAGAUGUGGGCGGAGGAGCAGCCGCCAGACGCGGGGAUGGACGAGCUGCUGGCGGUGCUGGGAUACAAGGUGAAGUUGUCAGACAUGGCGGAUGUGGCCCAGAAGCUGGAGCAGCUGGAGAUGGUCAUGGGUACAGCGCCGGAGGAAGGGAUUUCACAGCUCGGGUCCGAGACGGUUCACUACAACCCUUCGGAUCUGUCCGGGUGGGUCCAGACCAUGCUGUUCGAGCUCAACGCGCCGCCGAUGCCCCAUCCGGCAGUCGGGCUGGGUCCAGCCGAUUCUGCCACUGUUACAGGUUCAAACAGCUUCGGUAAUUCGCAGCCGGAGCCCCGGAUUUACGAAGACAACUCGGAGUACGAUUUGAGCGCGAUUCCGGGCGAUGCGGUGUGUAAGCAGAGGGAAUUGUCGGGUUUAGAUUCGGAAAAUGGGUGCAAACGGAUGAAAACGGCGGCGGCGGCGUUGGCGCCGCCGGAGAUUGGCGGUACGGCUGCUGCUGCGCGGCCGGUGUUGGUGGUAGACUCGCAGGAGACUGGCGUGCGGCUGGUCCACUCGUUGAUGGCCUGCGCGGAGGCCGUUCAGCAGGACAACCUUAAACUCGCCGAGGCCUUGGUGAAGCACGUGAGCUUGCUGGCGGUUUCUCAGGCCGGCGCUAUGCGGAAAGUAGCCACCUACUUCGCCCAUGCUUUGGCCCGCCGGAUUUACAAGAUUUAUCCCCAAGAUUCUCUCGAAACCUUCCACUCCGAUUUCCUCCAGAUGCACUUCUACGAGACCUGUCCAUAUCUCAAAUUCGCACACUUCACCGCCAAUCAGGCGAUUCUCGAAGCUUUCGGCUCCGCCAGCCGAGUCCACGUCAUCGAUUUCAGCUUGAAGCAGGGGAUGCAGUGGCCGGCGCUGAUGCAAGCUUUGGCAUUACGGCCCGGCGGGCCCCCGGCGUUUAGGCUCACCGGAAUUGGGCCGCCGCAGCCGGACAACACGGAUGCUUUGCAGCAGGUGGGUUGGAAGCUGGCCCAGUUGGCCGAAACAAUCGGCGUCGAAUUCGAAUUUCGAGGGUUUGUGGCGAAUAGCUUGGCGGAUCUCAAUCCGUCGAUGCUCGACAUCCGGCCGAGCGAGGUGGAAACGGUGGCCGUGAACUCGGUUUUCGAGCUCCACCCGUUGCUGGCCCGACCCGGAGCGAUCGACAAGGUUUUGGCCUCCAUAAAGGCCAUGAGGCCCACGAUCGUGACCGUGGUGGAGCAAGAAGCAAACCACAAUGGGGCCGUGUUCCUGGACCGGUUCAACGAGGCUUUGCAUUACUACUCGACGAUGUUCGACUCGCUGGAGGUGUCCGGGUUGACUCAGCCCGACGAUCAGGCCUUGUUGAUGUCGGAGAUGUACCUGGGUCGGCAGAUCUGCAACGUGGUCGCCUACGAAGGGACGGACCGAGUCGAGCGGCACGAGUCCCUGGCUCAGUGGCACACUCGUAUGAGUUCGGCUGGCUUCGACCCGGUUCACCUGGGGUCCAACGCGUUCAAGCAGGCGAGCAUGCUACUGGCUGUCUUUGCCGGCGGCGACGGUUACAGGGUGGAGGAGAACGAUGGCUGCCUGAUGCUGGGGUGGCACACCCGGCCGCUCAUCGCCACCUCAGCGUGGCGAGUGGCCACCAACUCCCGGUUGUAACGAGUCAACUCCAGCCAACUCGUUUCAACAAAAUCUAAUUUCUCCUUCUCACUUCCGCCCCUAGACUUCCCUUUUAUUACUCAUGGUCCCCCCCUUCUGUUUGAAAGCUUUGCUUGUUCAUGUACUUCUUCUUCUCUUCUAUUUAGUGUUUCCCCCCUUUAUUUUC